AAUGGGAGGAAAUUUCAAUACGGACCCUAAUUCUAAUUGCUUGCAAAACGCUUUAAAUGUAUGAAAUGCUCAUUUAAAAAUAACUUGUUUAAAAGGCUUCCCGGCAAAAUGCCAAGGUUCCUUUUGCUUUGGUUAAGCUCUUUUAAGGCGUCAAAUUUAGUGUUUAUGGGGUGCGUGGGUGGUUUUCUCUAUUGCUCCCUCUCUCCUGCUAUUGGUUCUCUGUAAUAUUAAGCUGUAUGUUGCUUUGAUUCAUCGCUUGAUUGAACUCUGUUUUCAGACUUAAGUGACUGUAACUAACAUUUGCUUGCCAUAAACGAAGAUAUUGCAUCCCCUGGUUAGUUUCUCAAAAUUGCCUUUUCAGGAGGCCUUUAAUAAAAAUUCGCCCUAAAAUCCGUUCAAAAGUCAACAAAGGCAUGCGAAGAUUAGCGAUGAGCAACGAAGUGAUCUUUUUUCCAUUCUUUUUCACUGGCCUGUAUGGAAAAUAGCGCGCCAAUGGCUUCUUUUUCGCAUACGGCUUUUUCCGUUUCCACCACUAGAUACUAUGGACAGAUUUAGUCUCAAAUAUAUUUUUGUAUUACCAUUUGAACUGAUAAUAGUCACUGCUAUCUGAUUUUUUCUAGUCAAUUUGCGCUUUUCGCUGCAAAAUUUGCUGCAAUUUGAGCUGCAAAUUUCGAUAUGAACCAUAAAUAGUGCUUAAUUUUCAGCCUAUCAGCUUUGUAGAGUUUUUUAAAUCUUUUUCUAAGGCUGUUCAGUUUCACCGACUGAAGGAAAUCGUUGAGAAGUUAACAAUUCAACCUUUUUGAUUUUAGUUCUUGUUAUUAACUUAAACAGAUCUGUACACAGAGAGCCAUUUGUCACUCAGAGCAUUUUUUUUCAAGAAGUCUUCUUUCCUCUAGAAGAAGGAAUGAAAAAUGCACCAACUAUGAAGUGAAAUAUCAAUUAUUCACGCGCCACGGGGAGUUUUCGUGAACAACUCUGUACAACAGAUGAGGCUGUAACGAUCGCUGUUUCCAAACCAUCAAUUUUGACCAGUAUGCUGCAACUUUUUUUACGAUCACUCUAGUAGCGUGAACCCGCCCGCUCAAAGUCUUGAUUUAGACUGUCAGCUUAUAGUAGCAUACCAAUUUUGCAUACCAUCCCUUGACUGUAUUGUAAAUCGAAGAUUUAAGCGGACACUUCUCUUAAGCUAUUCGCAGAUGAAAUGACAAUUUGAACCCAGUUUUUAUCAAUUCUUUUCUAACUGCCACUUUCUUACUACCUUUGAUGUGGCUUUGAUGUAGAUGCGAAAUACUGUACGAUGCCUGCCAUGACGUUCAUAACCUCAAUUAGGUUUUGUGGUGUCAACUGAUCCAUAAGAAAAACGAGAGCACUAAGACUAUUCGUCAUAAAGGAGAGAAAAUAAUAAUAAAAUUCCUCAGUUCUGAGGGAAAAUACAAAUACAUUACCUCACUUCCUUUGUGGUUUGUUUGCAAUUCUUUGCGCAUUUUACAACUUACCUAUUUAGUUACCUUCGGCGUCAAAAUAACAAACAAUGGUCAAUGUGUUCACAGUGACUUUUACAUAAUUUUGAACCAGGACUGAAUUGUGAAAUUUGAAGCCUUGGAAUGAUGAGACUGUCGGCUAUUUUUUUUGCAUUGGAAGUGACCAAACAGAUAUGCUGAUAUUGUUGAUAUCCAUUUAGUCGGCUAUCAGAAAUCCGUUUUCUACAUCACGUUGAAGCCCGAGGAAACAUCACUCAGCCCAUUAACUCCUAAAAGGAAGCUGCAGUGCAAAUUUAAUUCUGCAUCAUACUACUUCAUUCUACUUACUUCUUGAACGCUUAAUUGACCUUUUGUCUUUUUUGUUCCAAUCGGUAUAUUUCCGAUAACAAGUUUACUUGAUUUGGUUAUUACAUUACCAAAGAGGAUACUGCUGUGUUUAUCUGGUUAGCUUAAUUAAGUAAAGACGGAAAUCUUCGGAUUACCAUUCGGUUUAUCAGGCGGAAAUUAUUCCAUACCACAUCGGCAAGAAUUAUGCAACUAAUACUGAUUUAUGACUUGCCUUUCAUCUACCGCUAGCGCAAGCAUACAUUCUCUGGAUGUGAAUACUAUUCCAUUUCAUUAAAACAGAAAAACAUAUUUUCUUAAAUUUGCUUUUUUUGGUGAAAGAUGCAACGUAGUUUGCGGUACAACGAGAACCAGUAUAUAUACUUGGCGAACAAGGCCAAGAACGACUUCGCGCUCUCGGCAUACCUGUGGAAGAAGUCGAGAGAGAGUCUUCGCUGGCAGCAGAAGUACUUCGUACUCUAUCAGAACUUCCUGUUCUACUACGAGAACGAUGCGAGUGUGAAGCCCAUGGGAUUCUUUCUGCUCGAGGGUUCCUACUGCGAGCAUGUUAUACCCUCGGCUAAAAUCAACCCCGACAGACAGUUCAUGUUUGCCAUCAGCUUCCGAGGAGAGGGAGGUCGUCAGAUCGAGUUGGCCUGUGACAAUCAAGAGCAGUGCGACACUUGGGUGGCUGCUAUUCAAAAGAGCAGUUUCAACCUGUUGCGUAUGCACAAGGAAGAAUUGGAAAGGAAACACCAACACUUAGUGCAUAUUCUGGACACUGAGAGGGGCACUCGCAAUCAGUACAUGAACCAGUGCGAGGAACAGGCAGACGAAAUUGCCAAGCUACGCACCGAGUUGAUGAUUGUGAAGCAGCAGCUGCAAAAACUUAAGGUGAACCUGUCUAAGAACGAAAUCCUGACUGAAGAAGAAACAGAGGAGCUGCGGAAAAUCAAAAAGCAACUUUCCGCUAAAAGUCUGGCAAAAGUCCAGAGUCUGAUGCGAGGCUGGCUAUGUCGACGUCGCUGGAUGUCGAUUGUGAAUGAGUAUAUCAAAUCACCACAUGCCGAAAUGAUGCGGAUGAGGAAUCGCCUGGUGUUUGCAAUGGUCGCAGACGAAGAGGAUUACGUGGCCAAGUUAACGAUUCUCGUUUCAGUGUUCUACCGGACACUGAAGAUGGCGGCGAGUAGCAAGAAGCCGCUGAUAUCACACGAGGAUGUGAACUCGAUUUUUCUGAACUGCGAGACUAUCCUGUUCUUGCACCAGAUCUUCAGCAAGGGACUUAAUGCGAGACUGGAAGCGUGGCCUAGACUCAUUUUAGGAGACCUAUUCGAUAUGCUGUUGCCGAUGCUAAGUAUCUACCAGGAGUAUGUGCGCAACCACCACUACAGUCUGCAGGUAUUGGCCGAGUGCAAACAGAAGAACGCCGACUUCGGACUUUUCAUUCAGAGGUACGAGGAGAAACCGAUCUGCGAGGGGAGGACGAUUGAGCACUACUUGACAGUUCCCAUGUGGCAGAUCCCCCGCUACAUCCAGUCUCUCUGCCAGAUACUGGCCCACACACCGCACGAUCACGUGGAGCGAAAGAGUCUAGAGUAUGCUAAACACCAGCUGGAAACAUUGUCCACGACGAUGCGAGACGAGGUGAGUGAGACUGAAAACAUCAGACGAAAUCUGGCCAUCGAACGACAGAUCGUGGAGGGGUGCGACAUCCUACUUGACGUGCAGCAGAUAUUCGUCAGACAAGGAACUAUGCUGCAAGCAUGUCUGGAGACUAAGCCUAUUUUGCCGAGCGGAGGAGCGAAGUCUGACUCUUCUGGUGGAUCUUCAAGCUCAGUGGGAAAUGGAUCCGGCGCUCAUUAUCACAACCAACACUCGUCGUCAGGGCUAUCGUCUGGUAACAACUCGGGAUCCAACUCUGGAAACUCUGGAUCGCUGAGAACUAUGCUGCAAGCAUGUCUGGAGACUAAGCCUAUUUUGCCGAGCGGAGGAGCGAAGUCUGACUCUUCUGGUGGAUCUUCAAGCUCAGUGGGAAAUGGAUCCGGCGCUCAUUAUCACAACCAACACUCGUCGUCAGGGCUAUCGUCUGGUAACAACUCGGGAUCCAACUCUGGAAACUCUGGAUCGCUGAGUAAAAAACGAAGCAGUCCAGUGAUUUUAUUUGGGAACAAUAGCACCUCAAACCACCACCACUAUCAUCCAGGGACCAAUGGGACAGGCGGCGCCGGUUCCGGUGGGGGAUCGAACUCGGUCAGUUACUUCUCUGGAGUGGAUAAAAAGGAGGCGGUCAAACAGUGUUUCCUCUUCUCCAAUCACCUCAUCGUCACCUCCAGAUCCUCCAGUGGGAAGCUGCAUCUAAGCAAAGUUCUUGGCAAGAUCCCACUGGUCAACGCUACUCUAUUGGAUGAUGAUCUGUUCAACAUUCCAGUGCCCCCUAAUUCUGUGAUGGGCAGUGGCAGCGUCCCAUCCAAUGGCAACCCUCUUCAACAGCAGUGCUCGCUCUCUUCGGUCAAAGAGUCGCCCAAUGCAGAGUUUGAGGGCAGAUACUUCAAACUGGUUGUCUCUCAUCAUCUGCUGUCCUACCUGUUCAUAUUUGUAGCUCCCACCAAUCAGGAGAAAGAAGCCUGGGUCACCGAUAUAGGACAGUGCAUAGAGAACAUCCACAUCAGUGGACUGCUCACGGGACAGGUGAGAUUCGAAGAGAGCAGCAGCAUCCGCAUGUUGCAGAGUGUGCGAAGUGACCCCUCCCUAUUCCAAGAUGACCCUCAGAUCAAGUUCUCCCGCAGCACCAACUCCUGCCGAGUUCCUCAGAUCAGAUAUGCUACUGUGGACAAGCUGUUGGAUCGACUGAUUGACGUGCGCUUCCUCAGCAUCGAGUUCCUCAACACAUUCCUCAUGACUUACCGCUACUUCACCACCGCCCAGAACGUCAUGCAAGUGCUUCGCCACGCUCUCCUGGAUCCCGCAUCUACGCCAACUGCGACCGCCAAUGGAAACAGCCCUGGAAUUGUCGCUGUCUCAUGCUCUCCUGAGUUUUCCAUGGGCUCUCCAAACGGCAGUUUCGCUUCUAACAGCGGUAGUACAGCAACAGAGUCUUGUGAGCACCAAUCACCUCCAGCAGUUCCACAGACCUUGACAACUGUUGGAACUAUCUUCCCAAACUCAAAUCAGCAACAACUUCUUAACAAUCAGAACAACAUUUGCACUGUCACAAAAACUGGACCCUUUUUGAAUGGAUCAGUCGCGCCAUCUACCCCCUCCCCUGUAGAGCAGAUGGUGGGUAAUCCCUCCACUUACAGGCUGAGGAAGAACACGGCACCUUCUGUUGUUAACUCUAUCAACAACCAAUCAGCCGAUGCAAUAAAAAGGCGAAUGGCCCAGACAUCGCGAAGUCGCCUGGUUUCCGACAUCACAGCUACAGUUAGCCCGACCAAACAACCGAUCAAAACUCAAAUGUCGCAGCAUAGUGACUCAAACAGUGCGACCAACAGAAAUUCGGCCGACCAAAGUUCUCUUUUAAAUUUUAAUCGGAGGGCUGACACCGAUUCGAAUACUGGGAAUUCGACUCAUUCUGUGAGUUCUAACGAGUUGGAGCCGCUAGUGACGUCGGAGCACGUGGGGGAGUCUUCACCGAGUAGUCCCGAUGCAACCAUCGGCUCCUCGGAAAGCGCCGUGUCUAUGGGAAUGACGCACAGUGCAGUCUCAGUUGCUACUAGUAAUCUGAGGGAUUCAAUUAACUCGAUCGGCGAUUUCGUUUUGAGCAAGAAACAUCAGUUGACGUCUAAACAGUUAUCCGUAGAGAGUGAUGACAGCUCGUUUGUUGUCUACUCCAUCAAGGAUUCGGACAAUGAGUCUUUGAGGAACGAACGAAGGUUGUCUGAGGAAUCGGUUGAAGAAACAGAGAAAAACAUAAUUGAACGUGUGAAGGAAGUGGCUCUCAAAAUUUCAGAGUCAUCCUUCAACAACAAUAGCAACCACAGCCAUCUAAAUCACAGCGCCAACAGUAACGUUUUCUCACUGUCGGAAUCAUUCGACAAAUCGCUUCUGGUCAAAAUGAAGGGUCUCGUAUCACGAACCUUCAACAGCUCACAUAACCUCUCAACAUCCCCGACCUCUCCUCCUGUCGUCACGUGUUCAAACCCGAUUCAGCCGACCUUCUACCACUACUCUUCCUCGGCACCCUACUCUUACAAUCGCCCGACAAUGACAAAUUACAGGCAUAGCUUACAGCCUGAGCAGAUUCCUAGUUCGCCGAAAGUACAAGGUCGCGGUGCUUUCUCGAACAAUGGCAUGUAUGAACAUAACGAGGAUGAUUGUAUGUGUGAAACGACAAAGUUAGCUUCUGCAGAGACCUUAUGUAAUGAGCCUCUAAGCUGCAAUAGAAGAUCUGUGAUGUCACAAUCUCAGAAUUCGCUUAGGAGUUCGAGCUCUUCAGGAGCCGGACGGACUCUAAAGGACAUUUUCUACAGCAUUUAUCCAUCUAAUAACCAACCCAUCUCCGAUUCGAGACUCGAGGCUAAACCAAGAAAUACACGAAGUGUGAGUUUCUCGAGGCCUGUGGUCACUUAUAAACAGUUUAGUGACUUGUCGGCAAUGUCAAUUUGUCCGAAUCGUCAUCACUUCCCGAGGAACUCAACCAGUAAUAUUGAAAGUACGCACAUGUGUUGCAACUGUGUUUGGUGUCUGUCUAGUGGUGUUACUAAUUGUGGUUGUUUUCGUUCGGAUGCUAGUCGUGUUAAUGCGAGCCAUGUUGCGGUGCCUCGUUUGCACCUCCCUGUGGAACUCAAACACUCAUACCCUUUCGCAAGUAGCGAACAUAGACAGGCCGCUCGGUUUCCAUCACAUGGACUGCAAACUUCAUCGCGUGAACAGUUUAAUAGUUCAACUAAAAACAAUCUAGGACAAAGUUUUGUAUCCUCAAUGAAUGGACUCUCAUCCAUGACUCCCGCCUAUCAUGGACCAAAUUGUCUGCAACAUUCCACAGCUAACAUGUCUAUGUCUCCUGCGUAUAACUGUCAUGGACAGUGGACGAGUCAUUGCACCAUAUAUGACUGGUCAGAGGAAGCUCAUGGUAAGAAUCUGGUGCAGCUGUCGGAGUCAGAUCAGGGGCUGAGUAGUGGCAACAAGAGGUUCUCAUUGGAUUCCUACUUGCACUCGAGAAAUGAUUCUAGUCACAAUGCCUCCAGCAAGAAAAUGCACUAUUCACACUCACCGGGUGUAGUGGUGACAUCAUCAAGAAAAUCAACGCGGAGGUCCAGCUUGCAAACGGCUGCGGCCGCCUUCGCAGCCGCCACUGCCGGGGCCAACACACUCACCGGAAACUCUUCUGUAUCUGGCGGCCCCCACCCCCACAAGGGACAACAGACGGCUGGAGGAGGUGCGGCUAAUGGGAGUGCAUAUUCUACGCAUCCGAUUCGAAGUCUAGCUGCUCGGAGAAACCAAAUUGGGUCCAACUCAUCAUCGGCAGUGUCCUCGUUGGCGAACAAUUUAUUUUCCAAAAACACUAAAGGUGAAGUGAGUGGCAAGAAAUCAUCGGACUUAUCAUCGGCCACUUCAAUGAGAGUUCUUCACGUGCUACGGCACUGGUCCACAAAGUUUCCGGAGGACUUCGAGGAGGGCAAGCCUGCGAAUCAGCUGCUCAUAUCGAUGCUGAAGGAGGCACAAUUCAAUGAAUGUCUCACAGCAGAGGAGGAAAAGAUUGUCAAUGGAAUCUACAGAUUUCUCUGUAAAAUGAAUCAUGAAAGGGCCCUCACUAAUUUCGAGGAGAGCAAAGACGACUUCGUGGCGUUGCUGGCGGAUCUGAAACAUGACACGAACCCCACAGACGACCACAGCUACCCCCAAGUGGCCACUGUGACUUCUUCUAUCUCUGCCAAUGGAUUAGUGUCCCUAGAGAGCAUCACUGCUCUGGAAAUAGCCGAGAACUUGACCUUCAUUGAGCACAAAGUGUUCUCUGCCAUUCCCUUCUGGGAGUUCUUCAAUCAGGCCUGGGUGAAGGAAGACAAACAGGAGAAGGCGCCCAAGAUAUUGCUAACGACCAAACGAUUCAACGAUGUAUCUACCCUCGUGGCGACAACUAUCCUCCGCGAGGGGACGGAGAAAGGUAGGGCGGCCGUAAUUGAAAAGUGGGCUGGAGUAGCUGACGUCUGCAAGGGACUUCACAACUUCAAUACAGUACUGGAAAUAGUGUCCGCCUUUGGACGCACCCCCGUGUACAGACUGAGGAAAACAUGGGAUCGCAUAUCUAAGCAGUCACGAGGAAUCAUUGACAAGCUACAGAACUUGGUGUCGACAGAUGGACACUUUAAGAAUCUCAGAGAUGCUCUGCAUAAGUGUGACCCCCCUGCUCUGCCCUACUUGGGCAUGUACCUGACAGAUCUGACCUUCAUCGAAGAUGGAACCCCCAUGGUCACUGCAGAUGGACUCAUCAACUUCUCACGCAUGCGCAUGAUCAGUAACGUGGUGCAGGAGAUCAGACUCUACCAGCAGACACCUUACCAAGUGGAGCUCAAAGCUGACGUCAUCAAGUGGAUUCUACAGCCAGGCCAUGUCUGGACGGAAGAACAAAUGUACAACAGGUCUCUGGAACUGGAGCCCAGACCAAACAGCACUCAAACACAUUCGAACCACAACACGCAGCAUCAGAACAGCAGAUCUCACAAUUUAUGAGAAAACACAAUCGAAACUACUAGCCAUUGGACAUUUGAUGGACACGAGAACUCCUGUAACGCUACUCAACAUGACAAUGCAGCAAUAGAUAAAAUCAUUUCUGAAAGAAAAACAAAUGUCAAUGAACCGUUGACUAGCUGGUGAAAUAACCCGGAAAUAGGUCGAUAUUGUUGUCCAGACCGAUCAACCGAAAUGAGAGACUUCAGAAGGUUGCUAGAAGAACAUCAGAAGGUUGCUAUUCAAAGGUCAACAAAAUGAAGCUGUUGAUUCCAAAUAACUUCUGCGAUGAGUGUGCCUGUAAUUCGAGAGGAUUCCUAGAUUACGCGUUAGGAAAUCCAAAUGCUUGCGUUCAAGUUCUUGACCUAAAUUAUUUGAAAAAAAAUGUGAGCAUGGUUCUCGUUUCAAUAAAACUUACAAAACUAUCGAUUUAAUUAAUUACAAAACAAUUUGGUUGGCUUUUUUGAAUCCUAUCCUAACUUCUGUGUUUUAAACUAUUUUCCUGGUCGCUUUUAGAAAACUGAAGUUAAUCAGACGACUAGUUUAAUUAUUUUGAUACUGCGAGUGACUUGAUUUUUCCUUAUCAUUCCAUAUUUCCAAUGUUUCCAUUUCUAUCAAAAAGGAGAAGCUUCCGAAAAUAAAUUUUUGUCAGUUUGAUGCUGAAGGUGCGUGGAAUAAAUCUGUAAAUUAUUUUAAUAUAAAAUGAGAGUUUAAUAAAUGUUUAGAUUUUAAAUGUGGCUCGAAUUAGAAAUUGAGUGAUAAACUUUUUCAAUUCUGUAGCUGAAACAAGAUGUUAUUGGGGCUAUGUUUAUGCUAGUGAACCUUUUUUCCAAUCUAACUCGCAAAUAAAAGUGCUCAAAUGGUGGCACUUUUGCUAUAAUCACGAUCUGUAACAUUGGAAAUUUCAUAUCUGUUCUGUGCUUCAUUUUUGGCUGCUUUUUCGUUAUUUUUUUUGGUUAGUGUUUGCGGGCAUCCGUUUUUUUCAGUUACCAGCAGCUUGUCUACAAACCUUUCUAGAGUCAUUUGAUAUCAUUUGAGCAGCUGUUCAAGCUACUGAUUCUUCUCAUUGGUCAGAUCAAGUUCCAAGCUCAAAUUUGACUUAUGUUGGCUUGAAUUUUAAAUUUUUAGAUUCAGUGAACGCCAUUCUGUAGGUCGCGAUGGUUUGUUUGUUUUGU